AUGCAUGUGCAAGAGCAAGUCGAUAGCCGCGAUGAACGGGUACGCAAAGGAGCCCACGAGGUUGAUGCUAAGCCCACAUAUGUUGGAACCUUUGUCAGCAGUGUCUUGCUCGACAGUGAAGAGCUUGUCAACAAUGGUUCAUGCCACAAGCAUGCACCAAGCUGUCCAGCAGCCGUUUCCGUAGAAAGCGGAGACGAGAGAGACACCAUAGAUUUGACGGGCGCUCGCUUCAUCUAUAGCCCCUUCCAUCACGUGCUUUGA